AUGUGCACUCCUGCCAGGCCUUCCAGCUCUGGGCGGCACCGUGCCAGUGGUGCCCAGGUGGCCUCGCAGUUGUUGAGCCAAAAGAGGCCCAGACCAACCCAAGCCGCUGUGUCUGAGAAAGCCCGGGAACGUCCAUCAGGGCCAGUGCCGGAAAUCCACGUCCAUGUCACUGCGGGCAGCAACGCUGCGCUGCAAGCUUUUGGCUUGGCUCCCCUCUGUCAAGUGAGCCCUGCCAAGCCGGGUUGGACAGCGCUGCCGGGGCACAUGCUGAACGGCAAUGGAUCCAAUGGCUUUGGGGCGAGCAUGGCCAAUGGCCGUUGGGCGCCUCCAGCUGCACUGAUGCCACCCAGGUUGAAGACAGCUUCGGUGCUGACCGGCCGCUGUAGCUUCAUUGUGGCAGCCGAUACCGUUUGCAUCGACCAGCUUCUGGUGUUGACUGGCCGUUGCCAGCAUGCGGAACUUUACAUCAACAUUGGUUGGAACACUUCUGGCAAUCAACUUUUCCCCGCCUACGAUGCUCGACUGGCACUUGCAUGCUCUGAGGAGCAAUACAAUGAUCUCAUGAAUGCCCUGAGAGAAUACAUGGCGAAGAACUCCUUUAAUCUCUGUUGUUGUCUUUGUGCCAUGAUUAUGGCCCCCUACACCCUCUGCAUUAGCUGCUGCAUCGCGCAUGCUUGCACGUCGAAUUACACGAACAAUUUGGCUCAGAUCGCCAAAGAGAAGACCAAAGGCUUUUCGUACCCAGCGCGCGUUGAGCUGAUGCAGGUGGGAGGACGUGCGGCCAUGGUGCCUGACCAGAUGGCUUAUGAUCAAUAUGGUCAGCCCCUGAUCGUCACUGGUAAGCAUGGCAGUCAUCCCCAAUGGCCUCCUUUGGGCUACAACGUGAUCCUCAUUUUGCCCAUGAAGGCAGAGGAAUUCGCUCAGCAAUGGAUCCCAUCCACGCAGCCAAUGAUGAUCGGCAUGCCACAGCAAGUGAUGCAGCCGCAAAGUAUACCCGUGGCACAAGCUGUGGUCGUCCAAAGUCCCCAGACACCGCAGCAGGAAGCCAUGAAUCUGGCAUGA